AUAUUCGCUUAUGCUAUGCUCCCUGGCUAGCAUUCUGCCGGCGGUACUAAUUUGGAGCAGAUCAUAGGAGGCUGACUGCCCGUGAAAACUGACGCUUCUGCUAUCAGGGAAGUUCGAUUGAGAAGCGGGGGUGUCCAGGCCUGCUACUUGUCGAAACCCCCUGCUGUGCUGCAAAGACGGUCGAUACCACACCAAGCAUGCUAAGUAUUUGUUUCUGGGACAAAGAGAGCUUGGAUCGACUUCGAUCCCGAAACCCUGGCUUUGGCACCAGGUAUCCGCGGGGCCGGAAACGUAAGACCUAUCCUAGUGGAGAUGGUGACGGGCAGCGAAUUGGAAAAGGGGUUCAUGGAGGGUGUGAUUGGACGAACCAGGGAUGCCUGUAAUAUGUCCCGACAACGUGAUAUACAAUCUGCAACCUGUACUAUCACCCAAAGCCCAACAGGAGAAACGGCAAGGAGUUAUUUUUUCAAUAUAACCUAUAAGGAAUUAUGCAUAGCGGCUUGGUCGAGGGCGGAAACGAACACUUCCAAGUUGGGUUCUCAGGUAUUCGGUUCAAUCUUAGGUGGCCAUACCGCAGGAAUACUUCUGCAGACGACCGUGGAGAAAGCAUCCUUGAAAAAACGGGACUUCCCAUCCAACGACGGGGAUCAGAGUUGGAAACGGCAAGGGUAUAAGUACACGAUGGUAUACCCGUUCGGUUCCACUGAGGCAUGGAAGGUACCACAGCUGCGUGAUCUUUCCCAAUCAGCGUCGUGCGGGAAUAACGCUGAGAAUUCUCAUUCGCUAAGAAUGUGGCUGAGCAAAUCUUGGAGACUCACGCCGUCAUUCUGGGUCGUUUGGAACCAGCCAACCAGCCGUCGAGGCCAAUUAACUGGACGAAGUAGGGAGCAACGUACCAAGUACGAAAGUAAUUGGAGACCCGGGGGUACGAAUUUGAAGAAACCUAAAGACGCGCAUCAACACUACUGAUUCAAGUGAUUUUGCAGAUUUGAAGACGCGCAGUAGAUCGUCUGGGACAUUGUACGCUAGUUAUUGAUGAGCAAGGGCAACAACAUGCCCGUCCCGAUGAUCUCA